AUGUCAAUGAAGCGAGAUUCUGUUGUUUCGCCUGGUGUUUCGAUACAUUUAUCUUGGGAAAACAUAUCAGCGCAUGUCAGUUUAAAAGGUCGAAAAGGUGGCUUUAGUGAAUUAUUCACGAAAAAGUUUCAUUCGAACGUUACAGAACCAACACAAAAACAGUUGCUACACAAUGUAUCUGGCUAUGCCAUUCCAGGCAAAAUUUUGGGUAUUCUUGGUCCAUCUGGUGCAGGUGAGCAAAAUGCUUUGCCAUGA